AUGCAACAUGGCCGCGACGACCUGCCCGGGCAGGAAUAUCUCACGGAGAGUGCGACUUGCCGUUGCGCCUACGCCGUCACAUUCAUUGGUAAACACACGGCACAAACGCGGCAAGCUCAGCAUGCGGGCGACAUAAGAGCCGACACGGUACUGGCGGGCGGAGGCUUUCACGCCGCCCCGCGGCCCUCCUCGCGUUGCGUCGACCCCUCCCCGCAGCUUUUAAAGCUCCGGGCUGUGGAGAAUGAUGAUAUAGAGAUAAUGGCCGCCUAA